AUGGAUAAUGGUGGAAUUGAUGCGGAGAGGCAGAAUGUAGUACUCAGUCAAGUACUCUCGCAGACACCCCUAGGAAGGUUGGCUGAAACGACGGACUGUGCUGCAUACAUUGCUUUUCUUGCGAGUGACCUUGCCAAGAGCGUGACUGGCACUAUUAAUCCAAUCGACGGAGUCUUCUGCCACGAAGGCUGUGUAAAUCACUCCUCGGAGGCCAUGCACGUUGAAAUAAACUGGGCAGAACAGUGCGUACAGGGUUUCCGGUCUAUGUUUAUGGAAUUGUUCUGUGCCGGUCUAGUGGAGUCCAGAGAUCGUAUGAGCACCUACAGCCUCUUUUAUCUUUCGAUAUUACCAAUUAAGCUAUUACAAAAUUUAGUUGUUUCUCUAAUUUUUAAGGAGAGCUACGUUUUGAAAUUUUAUUCCUCCCUUGUCACAAUGGAUAAAGUUAUGAAGUUCAGGGGUCACAUCGAUGCGUGGUCGACUCUAACCAUUUAUGUGAUAGCAAUGUUUUGCAAAAUUUUAAUCGAAUACAUGUCCGAAUCACCUGUAAGUAAUUCUAAGAGGAUUAUAAUCCUAUUAGCGGAACAUUCUCAAACGCUCUCUCAUGUUACUGUCUCCGUUAUUUACGAAUUAUUUUGGAGAAGAAUGAAAUAUUUAAACAGCUGCGUACGCGCUAAAUGUUGCCACACUGAUGUCGAUGCAAAAAUGCUGUAUUUGAAGAAAUUUAACCUAUUCUAUAAAAAUCUUCUAGACGACCUAGACGAGGUGAAGGGAGUCCUUAAGCUGAAGGUAAGAGAACCCUGA